AUGGCCGGAGUCCGGGAAGAAGAGUUCGACGAGGGAGACGUGUGGGACGUGCUGCAGGGCGACCACCAUCAGGUCGGCAGCACGGAGGCAGCGGCGGCGGCGGCGUUCGUGGUGACUUCUCCAAGGAAUAGGAGGGCCCGCAGCGGCAAGGACAAGAAGCCCGCUGUGGCCAAGAGCGACGGUAUGGUUAUGAGCAGGCCGAGGCCGUCGGCGCCGGUGGCCAUCCCGGCCGGCAGCGGCUCUUCGAGGCUCGGCGGCGGCGGCGAGGAGGACGAGGAGGACGGAGGGGAGAUGCUGCCGCCGCACGAGUGGCUGGCGAGGAAGAUGGGGCGGAUGGGCGUGGCGUCGCCGCCGGACCAGGCGUGCAGGGGGCGAAGCAAGAGCCGGGAGCUCACCAAGAUCAGGGACGCCCUGCUCCCCAAGACCGCCUUCUCAGAGCAGUAG